AUGAUUUCUGUGUCACGCGCACUGCUGUCGCCGCUGCGGUCGCAGCUGCAAGACAUCCUUUGCCAGCCCCUUCCCAUCACGGAGGAGGGGCUGCUCUGUGCGUUGCAGGUCGGCGCAGACCUGACGGUACCACUGACCAUCAUUGGCUCCUGCGACGACGGCGAUAGCGAAGCGGACGUGAAGAGCAAGCUUGUCGUCCACACCACUGGACUUCCUGGCGGGUUUGUCGUGUCGGAGGAGGAACUGGUGCGCGGCCGCCCUCGCCUGCGUCCGCCACUUCCACCUGCAGCGGGAGACACCCCGUCGUCCCUUGGCUCCGUUUGCCUGAUAGAGGCAGUCACCAGGGACCUGCUUACUGCUUCAAACAACUCGCCCACGCCCUCCGCAUCACCGCGUGGUGUCCUGGACGCCUUCUACAGACUCGCCCGCCGUCGGCACUUCUCCUUGGCGGGUAUAGCUCGCGUGCUAGAGUGUGGCUCGUGGCUGCACCCUGACGCUUUGCAGCUUGACUUCCCCUACCACUGCGGCAGCGCGCACGCCACGAAGCGCUACCUCGACAUCACCGCCGAGGUAGCCGAUGUCUUCGGGGCAAACAUGCGGCACGGGACGAAGGUGCUGAGCCGCUAUGGCGUCGCCGUUAGCGUCGGCGUCGUGGACCGCCUGACGUCCUUGAAGACGCCUGCGCUCAUGUGGCACCCAUCUGGCGCACCAGCCGCUUGCCUCGCUCCCGUUCUGCUCGGCAGCCCUGUGUUGCCGUUGGGGACCGUGGCACUCGACUACAACGGACCCGUUCCGGGCAGCUCUCUGACAAUCAAAGAAGAUCCGCGGCGGUACAUGAACAUCAUCGGUGACGAUCGUUACGACAACUCUGUGUGGCUCACGCAAGGCCUCUUCGGGGUAAAGCCAGGCGCCUCAUGGUCGCGGCCGGGGAAAGCUGGCAACGACGCCGGCGCCGCCCUGGCAAGGUAUGAGGUAGUCGGGGUAAGAUACGACGAGGCCGCCGAGGAGAUGGAGCUGCUUGUGCGGGACGCCGUCACCAACGAAGUGGUGGCAGCAGCCGAUGUGUGA